AUGAAAUCGAUUAUUCUCUAAUUUAUCACUCCUUAUCUUCUUACUCUACUAAUGUUGCCUGAAAUUAGCUGUGAUAAACCGAAGGUUUUUUGCAAUAAAAAUUAGAUUCAAGAAUUCUAAACUAAAUUCUUUCCUAUAAUUUUUUAAAGUAAUGAGAAAUCUGAUUAUGUAUAUAAAGAAAAUCCAUAAUUUUUAGAAUAAAUUAUUUCUUUUGAUGAAGAAUUGUUAUAGGAAGAUGAUUAUAUAUUAAUUUUCUCAAGCAUUUAGGAAUAUAGAUUAAUUUAAAUUUAUCAAAGAGAAAAACGUUAUUUAUUGUAAAUGAAGGAGCUAAGGUUAAGCAUUUUUGAUUCUAAGGAGUAUAAUGUUCAAAUGGAGUUAAUCUAUUCACUAAAAUUUAAUAUUGAAAAUUGUGAUAAGAUCACUCAUGUCUAUUAUCUAAUUAAAUAAAAGUUCAUUAUUUGUUGCGAAUAAAUUGAGAAUUAUUAAAUUAACAUAAUCAAAAUUAAUGAAUCAACAGUUCAAAUACAAUAGUCCUUUGAUGUAAAAAAAUAGUCAAAAUGCUAAUUUGAUGUAUAUUUUAAUGAAAAUUCUUCUUAAUUCUUAGUUAUAUUUUUGAAUUGUUUGAAUUGGGAAAUAUUUAUGAUAGAAUUUAACAAUGAUGGUGCUCUAAAUUUUAGAUUGUUUGUAAACAAUCACUAUUUUAUUGACUAACUAAUAUUAAGGAAAGUUACUUUUGAUAAUAAUUACUUUUUCCAAUUUGAUCAUUGGAUUGUUUCAUUUUAGGGGUAGACUUACAAUAAGAUCUAUUAAAAUUAUGAAUCUACAAUUUUAGAUUUCGAAAUUAAGCUUGGAAGAUAAGUAAUUGUUUUACAAUCAAUUUAUGAAUAGAAAAGUAGCAUUUAAAGAAUGGUUGAGCAAAAUUUAAGUACGUUCAUAAUAAUUACAAAAUAUAUAAAACCUAGAUAAAUUCUAAUGUUUUCAGAUUCCAUUGUUUUAAUUAGUGAAUCACAUCUUGAAUGCAUUGUUAGAGAAGAUAUGAUAUAUAUAUUCCAGGUUUAAUUAUAAUCAAUUCAAACCAUUUCAUUUUAUCCAUUUUUUAUAGGUAAAUAAAAUAAUCAAUUUAUUGUCUUUAAGAAAAAUGAGUAUUCUCCCUUUUUUAAUUGCAACGAUUAUUCAAAUUAAACACUUGUAGAUUUGGCCUCAAGCAAUUUAUUUUAAAACGCUGAAUUUCUUUAAAUGGAAAUAAUAUUUAACGAUUUUUCGAUGUAUGGAUUACGACUCCUAUCUAUCAAAAAGGUAAUUGAAGAAGAAAGUUUUUAGUUUACUUUUUAGCCGUAAGAAUUCAAAAGUGAUUUUCUGCCAUUUAAUAUCUAAUUCUUAAAAAAUGAUGCUAUUUAUUGUGAAGAAUAAUAAUAUGAGGUUAUGCAAGAUUGUUUAAAUGAAUAAAAACUCGAGAUUUUAUGGCAGGUUGAUGUAUUUUAGAAUCGCUAGGUUGUAAAAGUUAUUUAACUAAAAUAAAGUUUAUAAAUAAUAGUAAUAAUGUGCUACUAAAAUACAAAUCUUAAUUUAGGGUAUUUUGGAGAAAUCGAAAAAGAAAAUGUUUAUGUAUUUAACAGUGAUGUCUUUCUGUUGACUAAUUAAAGGAAGAAAGUUUUAAGGUUAAAUUUGAGAAGACCUACUUUAUGGAAAGGUAUCUAUGAAUUUAAAGAUGAAGUCAUUAACAUUAGUUAUCAAAACCUUGGUCAUUAAAUCGUUUUAAAAUCUUGUGUGAGUUAUUUAAUAUUAUCCAAUGAAAAGAUUAUUGAAUAAUAAAUCUAUAAAUUAAAUUCAAAUGGCUAAUGUAUUUAAGAGAGGAUAAUUUAUUCAGACUUUUUGGAGAUAGAUUUUUCACGUCAAGUUUUCAUUUUCAAAAGCGAAAAUCUUACAAAUACUAUUAGAUAUUAAAACCAAACUAUUCAUAGUUUGCAUUAAUUUUACUUUAAUAAAAAUUCAUUUUUAGUGAUUUCAACCAUAGGAAAUAAAACUCUCGCUAUUCUUUAUUCGUAUUUUAAUUUCCAAUUGAUUCCCAUAACAUAAAUAUUCAAUGAAAAUUUAAAUUACGCUUACCCGUUGAAGCAUAGCAUAAAUAGUUUUUUUCUUAUAAUUGCUGCUUUUGAUUCUUAAAAUAAUUCAGUACUCGCUGUAUAUAGCCUCACACAUUUAUAUAGGAGCAAUUUAAUUGAUAUUAUCAAAGUUGACAAUUUUACUUUCACAUAGGCAUCAUAUAAUGAAAUAUUUUUCUUCCAAUAGCAAUAAUUGAAAAGAUUAACAAUUUUAGAAAUAUCUCUAUAAUGUAGAAUAAAUAUUUUUACUGAUUUUAUAAAACAAAUUAAUGCGCCUAUUCUGCUUAUUGAUAAACUCGAUCAAAAUCAUUCUCAAUUACAUUAUAUUUAGUUUAAACUAAUAAAUGGUUUCCAGUAACUAAAAUCUAUUUCCACUGAAGUUUAGCAAUUCCAAUAUCAUAUAUUUUAGCAAUUUAUUUUAUUUGAUCCAAGAAGAUUUGUUAUUGGACCUAUUGAAACUAUAUCCAUAAACGCAUAUGAGUUAGUAUUUCCAUUGGUUUAAAUUGAUUCUAUUAAAAGGAGGAAAUGCAAAAGGGUUGAUAAUGCUGUUUGUAUUAAUGAAAAUAAUUAAUCACUAACUAUCUCUAAUAUAUAUGGAGCUCCAUCAUAUUAUAAAGCGUUUGAUUUACAAUAAAAAAUUGACUUUAGAACAAUUAGUUCAGAACUUUAUUUUAUAGUGUGGUAUCAGCAAGGAAGCGAUUAAUUCGUCGAAUUGUAUUUAAAGACUAAUUUAGAGAGUAUUGCUAAUUUUACAUUGAUCCACGAUGAAAGGCAUUAUAUAAUCAAUAUUUCAAUAGCUAAUUAAUAUUGCGUAAUUAGUUUCUAAUUGUUACUUUCCUUUUAUGAAAUUCAAAAUAAUACACUUACUUUAAUAAACUCAUAUGAUUGUAACUAUUGCCAAGUAAAUUAAAUAGUUAAUUCAAAUUUUGUUGCUAUUCAUGAAAGGAUAAUAUAAAAUGAAACAAUUGAAUUUAUCAUAUAUGAUAUUGUUAAUCAAGUGCAUUUUUAAGUAAUCGUACCUAUAAAUGAAUUUAUUUAUGAUUCUGUAGCGUUCUAAAGUAAAUUUGAAAUUUUAUUCAUGGAAUAGAAAGAUGAUAAUUAAUAUUAUGCUCAAAUAAUUCUAUUUUCAAGACCAACUUUCAUUUAAGUAUUGGAGUUAAGCUUUAACAAUGAAAGUACGACUAUCGAGAGAAAUGGAUUAAUAAGAGUUUCUGCAACUACAAUGAAUUAACAAAUUUUAUUAAUGUAAAACAAUUAAAUAUUAAUUAUUUCAUAUAAUGAUAUUAAGAAUCACUCUUAAAGGAUUAAUGUGUAUAAUAUAAGUGAAUUCAAUUUGAUAAAUGAGAUAUAUAUCUUAAGUAAAAAUAUUUCCUUGGUUCAUAAAUAUAAUGAAUCUCACUUAAUAGUGGUAGAAGAUGAUGAUUCUUAAGAUCAUACAGUUUAUUAAGUUGAUUCAUAUAAGAUUAAAAUUGAUCAAUACUAAACCAAAUCAUUUAACUUGACUUUUAAAAAUUCGCUAUCCCAACUUGAAUUUUAAAUUGAUUUAAAGAAUGAGAAUGAAGAAAAUAUUUUUUAAAUCUAAUUAUGUAUCAUUAUAGUUUGUGAGAUUAUUUUAUUUAGCUUUUUGCUCAAAAGAAGAAGAUCCAAAACUGUAUUAUGA